AUGCCGCCCCUGCAAAUCCGGGACUACAGCUGGCAGCAGACUGAAUCUACAGUGUACCUCUCUUUGCCCCUCCGAGGCGUCCGGCCCAGGAACUCCGACAUCUUCUGCACAGAAAAUUACUUGAAGGUCAGCUAUCCUCCAUUUUUAUUUGAAGCAUUUCUCUAUGCUCCCAUAGAUGAUAUUAACAGCAAAGCCAAAAUUGGAAAUGAUGCCAUUGUCUUCACUCUGUAUAAAAAAGAAAUCAGAAUGUGGGAGGCCCUUUCUUUGGCAAGUGUUGACAAAGAGAUGAUGCAAAAAAUAAGAGAAAAAUCUAUCUUACAAGCCCAAGAGAAAGCAAAACAACUGACUGAAGCAAAAGCUGUUUCAAAACGAGAAAAUGAACGAUAUGCUUUGAAGAUAAUGAUGGAGAUUGAAGAAAAUGAGCGGAAAAAAAUUGAAAAUUUGAAAGAAAAUGAAAGGAAAAAAGCAACUAAGGAUCUGGAGGCUUGGAAAGCACAGCAAAAAAUUGUUGCUGUUGAAGAAGAAACAAAGAUACAAAGAGAAGUGAAAAUAUGUCAACAAAAGAAGCAAAUAGAAAGAGAAAAAAAGAAAUCAAAAAAUAAAACUAACUACAUAAAAACUAUGAAGUCUGAAAAUACUAUAAAAGGUAAAAUUUGGACUUUUUGUAUUAUACUUUAUUUUCAAGAAUUCAUGCUCUCAUUGAUAUGGGUACUACCUCCAAAAGGAAGCAGUGCAAAAUCCAUAUUUUCUGAGACGCUAAAAGAUGACUGUGUUCCUGCUCCUCGAUCCGUUGGCAGUAUUAAAAUCCAGUUUACUCCUCGAGUCUUUCCAACUGCCCUCAGAGAAUCUCACAUAGCAGAAGAAGAAGAGUGGUUACAUAAACAGGCAGAGGCACGAAGAAUAAUGAAUGAAGAUAUUCCUGAACUCAGUGAUUUAAAAGAAGAAGAAAAGAAUCCGGAAUGGCUAAAGGAAAAAGGAAACACAUUGUUUGGUACAGAAAACUACCUGGCAGCCAUUAAUGCUUAUAACUUGGCAAUUCGACUGAACAACAAGAUUCCAUCUUUGUAUCUAAAUCGUGCUGCUUGUCAUCUCAAACUUAAAAACCUACACAAGACAAUUGAAGAUUCUUCCAAGGCCUUGGAAUUGCUUGUACCACAUGUUGCAGACAAUGCAAAUGCAAGAAUGAAAGCUCAUGUAAGGCGUGGAACAGCAUUCUGCCAACUAGAAUUAUAUGUAGAAGGUUUACAGGAUUAUGAAGCUGCACUUAAGAUCGACCCAUCUAACAGAAUUAUACAAAAAGAUGCUAAGAAGAUUCGGAAUAUAAUCCAAGGAACUGAAGUAGAAUAA